AGGGUGGUGGGGACGGGCCGGUGCCCCAGCGCUACCUGGAGGAACUCUUUGCCUCGUGGAUUUCUCGCCUGCCUGCGUCCCUUAAUCCCCCCUGCCUUCCUGCUGCACCCGCACCCGCCACCCUGGUCGCCCCAUGGCCGCCACCUGUGAGAUCAGCAACGUUUUCAGCAACUACUUCAGCGCCAUGUACAGCUCAGAGGACCCCGCGCUGGCCUCUGUGCCCCCCACGUCCACCUUUGGGGCUGAUGACCUGGUGCUGACCCUGAGCAGCCCCCAGAUGCCACUGGAGGCCACAGAGAAGGCCAGCUGGUCGGGGGAGCAGCCGCAGUUGUGGUCAAAGGCCCAGGUUCUCGACUGGAUCAGCUACCAGGUGGAGAAGAACAAGUACGACGCGAGCUCCAUCGACUUCUCGCGGUGCGACAUGGACGGGGCCACGCUCUGCAGCUGCGCCCCCGAGGAGCUGCGUCUGGUCUUUGGACCUCUGGGGGACCAGCUCUAUUCCCAGCUGUGGGACCUCACAGCCUCCAGCUUUCCUGACGAGCUCAGCUGGAUCAUUGAGCUGCUGGAGAAGGACAGCACGACCUUCCAGGAGACCCUGGGAGACCCCGGCCCCUUCGACCAGGGGAGCCCCUUCGGCCAGGAGAUGCUAGAUGACUGCCCACAGGCCAGCCCCUACUACCCGGGCAGCUGUGGGGCAGGAGCCCCCUCCCCGGGCAGCUCUGACGUGUCCACCGCAGGGACAGGAGCUUCUCAGAGCUCCCACUCCUCAGACUCCGGUGGAAGUGACGUGGACCUGGAUCCCACUGACAGCAAGCUCUUCUCCAGCGACCCCUUUCCUGACUAUAAGAAGGGGGAUCCUAAGCACGGGAAGCGGAAACGGGGCCGGCCCCGAAAGCUGAGCAAGGACUCCCGGGAGUGUCUGGAGGGGAAGAAGAGCAAGCACGCCCCCAGAGGCACUCACCUGUGGGAGUUUAUCCGGGACAUCCUCAUCCACCCGGAGCUCAACGAGGGCCUCAUGAAGUGGGAGAACCGGCGAGAGGGCGUCUUCAAGUUCCUGCGCUCCGAGGCUGUGGCCCAGCUGUGGGGCCAGAAGAAGAGGAACAGCAGCAUGACUUACGAGAAGCUGAGCAGGGCCAUGAGGUACUACUACAAGCGGGAGAUCCUGGAGCGCGUGGACGGCCGGCGGCUCGUCUACAAGUUUGGCAAGAACUCCAGUGGCUGGAAGGAGGAAGAGGUCGUCGCGAGUAGGAACUGAGGGUCCCACCAGAGCCGGAACCGCACGCAAGGACUCGAAGCCUGAAGCCCCUCCAGGGAGGACCCCGGGCCUCCGCUGUUGGGCACGCUCGCCGCUGCACUGAGGAGAGGAGACGAGGCUCUGGGACACUGACAGCCGUCGUCUGGAUUGGGGCCUGUGGCCUGUCCUCUCUGCCCUCCUCGUGGAAUUACAAGCCCUGCGUUUGAAGGACUUUGCUGACUACAUGCUGAAUGCAGCUUCUCUCAGGCCCAACCCAGACUCCGCUGCGGGCACCUUCCUCCUGCAGACGCCUGGACUGAGCCAAGGAGGCCGGGGAGGCUGCAGGGGCGCCGCAAGAGGGGCAGGACAGGCCCCACGCCCUCUCUGGACUGGCUCCCGCCCCCUACUCAGUGCUUGGACUCCGCAGGCGGGGGUCAGCGCACUCCCUAAUUUAUGUGCUAUAAAUACGUCAGAUGUACAUAGAGAUCUAUUUUUUCUAAGACAUUUCCCUCCCCACUCCUCUCCCACUGAGCGCUGGUGGCCAGACCGACUGUUCGAGGCUCUUGCUGGGCCAGUGACGGGGGGGGGUGAUGCUGGGACCCUCAGGCUGGGCUCCUGGCUCCUUUCUCUGGGAAUGGAGGCAGAGACCUCCAAUAAAGUGCCAUCUGGGCUUUUUCUAACCCUG